CAGUUCAUUAUUUAUUAAAAAAGGUGAAAUAAUGAAUGUUAAAUACAAAUCACAUUUAUUUACAAAUUACCCAAAUCUUUUACUAUUGUAGUAUUGUUCAUAUUUUCUGAAUACCUGUAAACUCUAUUUAAACAAUUUAAUAUUUACUUUAUUGCUCAACCAAAUAAGUAAAAUAUUUUGCCUUAAGCUUAUGUAAAUCAUGGAAAAUUCAGAAAAUCAAUCUAUCAAAGUUGGAUCAUUAGAAGAGGAAGCUCGAAAACGAAAGGAACGAUUGGCAAAUUUGAAAAAAUCUUUAGAAAAUAAAAAUGAAUCUAAAAAGAACGAAGACAGUGUGGAGAAAUCAUUACCAAAGCCAAGGUUUAAAAGUUAUAUUCCCGAAGAUGAAGGGCUAAAGGCUGAACUUAUACCUACCCCUCAACCUGGUGAUAUUAUUGCUGAAGUCGAGGAUCAAUUAAAAGCUGGAGAAACUGUUUUUACUGUUCAGGAAUUGGAUUUAAACACAUUAGCACCAAGAAAGCCAGACUGGGAUUUGAAAAGAGACAUAGAAAAAAGAAUGACAAAACUCGAAAGGAGGACACAAAGAGCAAUUGCUGAACUAAUACGUGAUCGAUUAAAAGGAGAACAAAAUAUAGAUUUAGCAACAGCUGUAAAUGAAGGUGCCAGAGCAAAUGCUCAAAUUGAUAACGAUGAAGAGUAGUAUUAUUAUUAUUUUUUAAUUAUUGUAAGUAAUUAAUAAAAAUAAUAUAAUUUACUUGUGUAAAUAUAAUGAAACAAUUUUCAAAAU